AUGAAUAAUGAAACACAUACUGCCCAAUUUGAUGAGGAAACUUUUGACGGCUACCCAAACACUUGGGUUAUGAUAAUGACAUCGACAGAGUUGGCCACCAAUAGUGUUAAGCCCUUUGAAAUGUGUGGCCAACAAUUGGUGGCAUUCAGGGGUGCGUCGGGUGCUGUCCACGUGUUGUCCGCCUAUUGUCCGCAUUUGGGCGCAAAUCUCGGUAUCGGUGGACAUGUGGUGUCGGAAUCGGGAGACGACUGUAUUCAGUGUCCAUUUCAUGGCUGGAGGUUUGGUGGACGAGACGGACAGUGCAAACGCAUACCUAAUAUUGAAACAUCUGAAAUGAACAAAUUGAACGCUAGCGUAAAACACUGGGAGACAAUUGAAAUGAACAUGAUGAUAUUUGUUUGGUAUCACAAGGAUGACGCCCAACCCGAUCACUAUCCGCACGAUUUCAUGGCUGAUUGCAACCAAAAACUUAUCGUGAUGGAAAACGCGGUAGACGAGGAGCAUCUCAUUACGGUGCACGCCAACAUUAUGCUCGGCGUAGCUAGCACAUUUGAAAAGCAAACACCGGCUAAAGUAGCUGGCGCAAAAUCAAUCACGGGAGCCUGGUUAAUUAAGUUCACCUGCUACAGCCCGUUGUAUUGCAUUAAUUAUAUCAAUUCUGUCUCUACCGUGUGUGUGACAGCGGGCACACCCUUACGGCCCAAUAAGACCACGCUUAAUGUGUUGUAUUUCGCGCCACCUGGCUUGUUUUACCGUUUGAUCGCCGAAUUGGCUACGUUCUCAUUUAAAUUAGAGAUAGAAAAAGACGAUAAGAUUUGGGAAGCGCUUCGACGACCAAAACGUCCCAUAUUUACGUCAAACGAUGAGCUGAUUAUAAAACUAAAAUAUACUAUAUCUGAUCAGAUUAAUUAA